GCUGGGGGAGAUUUCCGCCCACGCGAAACCCACCGGACUGAGCUCUGGGCUUUGAGGACAGCGAUCAGUGGCCUAGGCCGCAGGACACCAUGAAGCUGCUGCCUGUCUUAGAGCCUGGAGACAAGCCCAGGAAAGCAACAUGGUAUACCUUGACCCCAUCUGGAGACAGCCCUUGUGCUCGAGUUGGCCACAGCUGCUCAUAUUUACCCCUAGUUGGUGACACCAAGAGAGGGAAGGUCUUCAUCGUUGGGGGAGCAAAUCCAAACAGGAGUUUCUCAGAUGUGCAUGCCAUGGAUCUGGGUACACACCAGUGGGAUUUAGCCACGUGGGAGGGCCUCUUGCCCCGGUACGAACAUGCCAGCUUCAUUCCUUCCUGCACACCUGACAGCAUCUGGGUGUUUGGAGGUGCCGACCAGUCAGGAAAUCGAAAUUGUCUACAAGUGCUGAAGCCUGAAACCAGGACCUGGACCACACCAGAGGUGACUGGCCCCCCACCAUCCCCGAGAACAUUCCACUCAUCAGCAGCAGCCGUUGGAAACCAGCUAUAUGUCUUUGGAGGUGGAGAGAGAGGUGCCCAGCCUGUGCAGGAUAUGAAGCUGCAUGUGUUUGACGCAAAUACUCUGACUUGGUCACAGCCAGAGACCCUUGGCAAACCCCCAUCCCCCCGGCAUGGUCAUGUGAUGGUGGCAGCAGGGACAAAGCUCUUCAUCCAUGGAGGCUUAGCAGGGGACAAAUUCUAUGAUGAUCUGCAUUGCAUUGAUAUAAUUGACAUGCAGUGGCAGAAGCUAAAUCCCACUGGGACUGCUCCCACAGGCUGUGCUGCCCAUUCAGCUGUGGCUGUGGGGAAACAUGUGUAUAUCUUCGGGGGAAUGACUCCCACAGGAGCACUGGACACAAUGUACCAAUACCACAUAGAAGAGCAGCAUUGGACCUUACUUAAAUUUGAUACUGUUCUACCCCCUGGACGAUUGGACCAUUCUAUGUGUGUUAUUCCAUGGCCAGUGACAUCUGCUUUGGAGAAAGAAGAUUCAAAUUCUGCCCCUAUAGACUGUGAAGCUGAGAAAGAGGAUUUUGCUAACAAAGGAGUGAUCCAAAAUGCUAGUUUACAGGCAAGUCAGACUGACACACUGCUUUGUUUUGUGUUUGGUGGCAUGAAUACAGAAGGAGAAAUUUAUGAUGAUUGUAUUGUGACUGUAGUUGACUAAUAAAACCCAUUUUAUUAC